AUGUCAAUCUUCCAAGACAACAACUGAAGAGAGAUAAAUAUUGAUGGAAAAACUCAUAACACAAACUUUAUUUAUCAUAAUAAUUUUAUUCGUUCUUCUAGAUACACUUGACUUACAGUGAUACCGAAGAACAUUUUCGAGCAGUUUCAAAGUCCAGUGAAUUUAUGAUUUUUAUAUAUUUCUCUUUUACAAUUGGCUGCAAGAAAUAUUAACCCCAAUGACUAUUGGACAACUAUAAUACCUCUUUCAAUCAAUAUCUUAUUUGUUUUAAUUAAAGAAGCUUAUAAUGAUUAUCAUAGAGGCAAUGAUGAUUCUACUGUAAAUUCAGUGGAAUAUCUCGUAUGAAAUGGCUCAGAAUUUGAAAAAAUAAAAAGUGGGCAAAUCUCUGUAGGGAAUUUUAUUAUUUGCCAGAAUGAAGAAAGGGUACCUGUUUGGUCAAGUAUAAAAUCCACUCCCCACCCCCCUAAUAUCAAACUAUCUGCAAUAUAAUAAGAAAUAUAAGAGAUAUUGCAGUAUUUUUGCUCUUAUGCAAUUAAAUGAAAAUUAUAGAAUGUUUCCAUAUAUUUAAUACUUUAUUCCAUAUCCCUAAUAUAUAAAAAUUUUUAUACGGAAAAAAUUAGCCCCAUUUUUGUAUUUAAUUUAAAUGAGGUAUAUCAGGUUUAUAUGUAAAGUAAGUUAUGCAAACACAUUAAAUCUGGCAAAAAUUGGUGCUAGAUGUUGUAUAUAUUUAUGAUACAUAAUUAUGCUUGAAUUGAUUUAUUUGUGUCUAUCAAUUUUAAAGCAGAAUUCAACAUUUUUAGACUAAUAAAUAAAAGAGUUAAUAGAAGAAUGCACUAGAUUUCGUUUAAUUAUCGCAUUUAAGCAUUUCUCGCUUUCUAUAUAAAUAUAUUUGUAUAUAGUAGGGAUAUGCAAUAAAGUAUUAAAUAUAUGUUUAAGCAUGUUAUAAAUUGCAUAAGAGCAAAAAUACUGCAAUAUCUCUUAUAUUUCUUUUUAUUAAGUGUAGAAAGUUGGCUAUAGGAGGGCUGGGGGUUGGUUUCAUGCUUGACAGCCUGUUGAUAUGCUUCUCCUUGCAUGCGGGCGCGGAUUAAAUUCACUUUCAGUGGAUAUUUCAUCAAUUGUAGGGAUUAAAAAUUUGGCAGAAAAAUAUCCAGUCCAAGAAAUUCAGCGACUUUUUAAUUCAAAUUUGGAUUAUGAAAAUUUAUUAAUCCCCUAUCAAUAAAUUAUAUAAUUUUUUACCAGAAAAAUUUUUAAUAAAAUUGUUUCCAUAUAAAAUCUGCACUGAUGAUGAUAAGGGAUAGAUUAUGGAAUAUAUUAGAAAAUAUUCGAAAAAUAAAUAGCAUUAUAAUUAGGCAGAAGUUAUUAUACUAUAAUAUCUCUAAGAUUCAUUAUUGUUAAAUAUAGGUUUCUUAGAUUUGGAUAGGCUAGGGAGUGGGCUUUAAUUUUAAUGAAAUAAAAUUUGCAAGGUUAAUAUUUCCCGAUUUUAGUUUGAUCAGGAUGAGAAGAGUAAGAAAAUUAGUCGGAAAUAUGAAAGUUGAAGAGCCACAUGAAGACACUGCGAAAUUUCAAGGAAAAAUCAAGCUGAAUGGAUUUCCUAAAGCUGUUGAUUUAACCAUAGAUAAUUUGAUACUAAAAGGAAGUGUUUUAUAUGCGAAUUCAUUGACAUUAGGACUUGUAGUAUAUGCAGGAAAAGAAACAAAAGUUGACAUCAAUAUAAAAGAUAAUAAUCGAAAAGUAUCUAGUAUGGAAAAGCUUGUUAAUGAAAUGGUAAUUUUUAUUUUACUAUUGCUGCAGCGAAUAAUUAUCGCUGCUGUUGUUUUGAAUGAAAUUUAUAAUCAAAGGAUUUCUUAUAUAGAUAUUUUUGAAAAUUAUUUUUCUUUUACUAUGCUUUUUUCUAACGUAAUUCCUAUUAUGAUUUAUGUGACUAUGUCUAUCAUCAGAAUUUUUCAGUGUAAACGAAUCCAAAAUCUGUUUAAAGGAAAAAUUCUAUUUAAUACUGAAGAUAUUAAUGAAAAUUUAGGUCAGGUAGAGUAUAUUUGUGCGGAUAAAACUGGCACUUUAACUGAAAAUAAUUUGCGAUUAAAAGCCUGCUAUGUGGAUAAAAAAGUCUACACAAGUGAUGACAGCUUCAUCCCUGAACAAAAUUCUAUACUAAGCCUAGACCAAAGAGAAAUAUUCCCAACAACAAAUUUCGAAAAAUAUAUCCAAGACACUGAAUCCUUAAUCUAUAAAAUUAAAAUAGAUUUACAAAGAAAAAAUGAUACAACUAUUUUGUCUUUUUUUCUUAAAUGUUUGGCUUUAUGUAACUCACUUGUUUCUGAGGAGCAUAAGUAUUAUGGAGCCUCAGCCGAUGAAACUACUUUGGCCGAUGCUGCUUCUAAGCUUGGAUAUGUACUUAGAUUUAAAAACAAUGCUUUUUGUGAGCUUGAAAUUGAUGGGCACCUAGAAAAAUACGAAAUCAUUGCAGAAAAAUCUUUUAAUAGCAAAAGUAAAAAAUCAAGGCUGCUUAUUAAAAGGUGUAAUGAAGGGGAUUAUAUUUUAUUUGUAAAAGGCUCUGCAGAAUCGAUGCUCCAUAUAUUUGAAAAUCAGCAUGACACAAUCAAUGAGAUCGAAGAAAACAUCAAUGGAUUCGGAAGAAGUGGACUGAGAACUAUGGUCCAAGGCUAUAAAUUUAUCAGUCUAAAAGAGCUAAAAGAUUUCAAUGGCAAAAUAAAAAUUGCAAAUAGUUUUUCGAUUAAUCAUGAAGAAAAAAUAGAAUCUGCAUACAGAGAUCUAGAAAAAGGGUCCAAUCUCUUAGGGAUCACAGGGAUAUCUGACGAAAUUUCCCCUGAAACCUUGGAAACUAUUGAAUCAUUAAAAAGGGCUGGAAUUAAAUUGUGAAUCUUAAGCGGGGACUCAGAAGGAAGCUGUCUAUCAGCUGCUCUGAAUUCAGGAAUAAUUAGAUCUGAAACUACCAUUGUGAAGCUAAAAAAGCAAGUCUCAGAAAUUCAGCUAAGACGCGAAUUGCAAAAUGCUAUAAAUUUGUAUAUUUAUCAUACAGACAUGUGAAGCCUACACAAGAGAAACAUUUCGAUGGGAACUAACCUAAGAGCUUCAGCUGAGAAUAGCUUGGUGGAAAGUGAGUUUAUGGACGAUUCUAGCAAUAACGCAUCACCUCGUCCUGAAGACAAGAUUGGAUAUAGCUUAAAAAGUUCUGGGACAAAUAAUUUUCAAAAUUUAGAAAAUGAAGCAAAAUCUUAUAAUAAUACACCACACCCAGGUUCUGACGAAAAAUCAUGAGAAAAGUUAAAUAUAAAAAGCCAAGGGACUCCUCAUCCGAAUCAAGAUGAAAAUGUAGGUUUCCCCUCACCUUUUAGGAGAUUGGGAAGAAUUGAUAACUUUAGAACAAGAUUUUUUAAUUCUACAAUAACCCCUGAGUUAGUGAAUUUUUCUGUGAUUUGUGAUAGAGUGACAUUUAGAACGGCAUUACAGUCUCCACAUACGAAGAGAACACUUUCUAUUUUACUAUUUGCAGCCAAAUCUGUGUGUUUUCAUGAUUUUUUACCAAAUGAUAAAGCAGACGCAGUUAAAUUAAUUAAGGAAAAUUUUUCUUGGAGACCAGUCGUGCUUUCAAUUGGAGAUGGAAAUAAUGAUAUCCCCAUGAUACAAUGCUCUGAUAUUGGAAUUGGCCUAAAAACUCAAGCUGAAUAUUUAUCAAAUUAUUCUGAUAUUUUAGUUGACCAUUUUCAUUACCUUCGAGACUUACUGUUAGUCCAUGGGCAUUGGAAUUAUUCUAGAAUGGCAAAAAGUGUAUUAUUAGUGUUUUAUCGAAGCUUUCUUUUGUCAAUAAUGAUUUUCGGCUAUAUUUUUACUUCACAAAUAAAAUCAGUUUCAAUAUUCGACUCUGGGCAAUUAAUAGGGAGUGAAAUUGUGUUUUCUUCAAUAGCGAUUAUAUGACUAGGGAUUUAUGAUCAAGAUAUUGAUAUUAUGAAAGCUAGGACUUCAUCUAAGCGUUAUUCUGAAGGGUUUCUAUGCAAGCACAUGGAUGGAGUAAAACUGCUAACAUAUUUUUUCUAUGCUUUUUUUCAAGGGUCUAUAGCUUUUGCGUUCGUUUUAGGUUCAUUUUCGUAUUUUAUUGAUGGCUCAGGGCAUCCUGAAGAUUUUCAAGUUAUUAGCAUGACUCUUUAUAUAGUCUUUAACUUGUGCAUUUAUUUCCAGGUUUAUCUUACUUAUGAAAAUUUUAAAUGAAGCUAUUUAAUAUCGUUUAUAAUAUCAAGCUGCACGCUCUUAGGCUAUGUUAUUUUUAUAUCAAGUGAUGAUAUUUUUCCAUAUCAGCAAUAUGUAGGUAUUUCUAAUGAAAUUUCUGGAUCACUAUUAUUGUGAAUUUUAAUUUUUACUAUUCCUAUAAUAUCUACAUUUGUGACAUUUUUCUUUAUAAAGAUUUAUUGAAAAUUCACUGAAGAAAUGCAAAAGCAAAAUAAAAUUAAUGAAACUAGGAAAAAACUAGUUACAAAGCAGAGAUUUGAUCGCUUAGAUAAAUAUUCAGAGUGUCUAGAAAAUGCAUACAGAGUUUACACACAAAUAAAGAGGCAGUUUCAAGACGGGUAUGAAAUGAAACAAUUUUCGCUUCACUUUGCAUUUUCUUAUAUAGAAGAAAAAUAUCAGGAGUAUUUUUUAUUCCAAAAUUUAGCUUUAUUAAGAAAAAUAAUUCUUACCACCCCCUCCGUGAGUGAACAAAAAAAUUUGUUCAUGGAGGGGGGUUAUAUAUAUAUAAAUUUAUAGAAUUUUUUUUUUCGAAAUUUAAAAAAAUCCUAAUUCGCAAAAAUUGGAAACCAAAUAUUAAUUUAAUUUAUAAAAUUUAUGCUUUAAAAAGCAUUUGUUUAAAAUUAAACAGAAUUAGCUCGAGAUUUCAUUAUACUUAUUAUCAAUUAUAUAUCAAGUUUUUUUUUCAUAAAAAAUUUUUCUAUUAAAACAAUUUUUAUUCUCUAGCGGAGGGUGGGUUUUUAGGCAAAAAAUAGAGAUUUUUCUAAUGGCUUUGUUCACUCACAGAGGGGGGGAGUUAGCGUAUUUUUAGCUUUGAUUUUAUGAACCCUAUUAGAGGCGAUUUUUGUUGAUGGACUAAAUAGCAUUACUUAUGUGAGAGUCGGAUUUACAUUUGGGUUUGGGAUUUUAUCUAUGACAUCAUAUUCAAAUCACUUUAGAAACCAUUUCAAAGAAUAUAUAAUCGCUGUUAUUCUUGGCUCUGCUUUAGGGAAAUUUGUAUUUGAAAUGACCUUUAAUGCUGUUGCUAUAAUGAUAACAGCAUUUUUCCCAUCAAUAACUUACUCCAUAUUAAAUGUCGACUUUUUGCUAAUCACAAUACUAAACUCAAUAAACUUAUUAUUAUUCCCAGUUUCCCUCAUAAGAAGUUACCUCUCUGACAUUUCUCAUAGUGCCCAAUAUAUAUCUUUAGUUUCAAUCCAAUACCUAAUUUUUUCGAUUGCUAUAGCAGUUUCAUGUGGAAUUGAAGGCUAUUUUUUCGAAUUUUCAAGGCGCUCCGAAUUCAAACUCCUACGAAUCGUCGAAAAUGGAGUCGAAAAAACCCAGGAGAUUCUUAGCCAUCUCCUCCCUGCAUUCGUGAGAAAUAGAGUAAAAAAAGGAGUCAGAUACAUAGCAGAAGACCAAGGGACCGUAACAGUCCUUUUUUGUGAUAUUUGCGACUUUGAUAAAAUUUGUAAAGAAUAUUCCCCAGUUGAAUUAACUUCAUUUUUAGACUCUUUAUAUCAAACUUUUGACCAGCUAUGUGAUGCUACUGGAGUAACCAAAAUAGAAACUGUAGGAAAAACUUAUAUGGCUUGUGCUGGAUUUAGAGAUAGUGACAUUGAAAUGACAGAAAAUCUGCAAAAAGUUUCCCAUGCGAGAAGAGCUAUUGAGCUAGGUUUGGCUAUGAUAAAUAGAGUAAAAGAUAUAAGGCUAUCUUAUGGUGCUAAAUUGUAUGUAAAAAUUGGAAUAAAUAGUGGCCCUGUCGUUGCUGGAGUUGUAGGGUACCAUAAGCCACAAUUUUCAUUAGUGGGGGAUACUGUAAAUACUGCUUCUCGUAUGUGCUCUACAAUUUCAAUACCUAACCAAAUCCAGAUUUCUAGAUCUACUUAUAAUCUGAUAGGUGAUAAAUUAGGCCUUUCUUUUAUAGCUGAAAGUGUCGAAGCUAAAGGAAAAGGAAUCUUGCCUACUUAUUAUGUCUAUGAGGACCCUAAUGAGUUAGAAAAUGCAAGCCCAACUCUGAUUUCAAGCGUUUUAAGAUCCUCCAUAAGAGCUCAAUCUCUCAUGGAUAUCAUGAAUAAUCCUUCUACCAAUGAAACAAACCCUUUAUUAUCUACAACUCAUAUAGAAAGCCCUACAAUUGAUAGAACCCAUUCUAUUAUGAGUAAGCUAGAUUUGAGGAAAACUAUUGAACUAUGCAAUUUCAGUUAAAUUUAAUUGCAGUUUGAUUUUUACUUUAAAAAAUAAUUUCUUGAUUGGCAUAUAAAUAAAUGAUGCCUUUACCAAAAUAUUGAUUCUAAUGCAGAAUAUUUGCAAGAGAUAACUCAAUGCUUGCAGAAACUUUAAAUGUUUUCAAUUGCAAAUGGGCUGAAACAGACAAGCAGAAAAAAUAUAGAAUUGCCAAGCUUGAAGCUUCAUUUUUAGUUGACUGGUCAAUCUUACUGAUAGCUCUAAUAGUUUACUUUUUACUAUUGAUUAUAGCUGUUAUGGAGUAUAUUUUUGCUGAUAAUUUAGCAAAUCUCGCUGUAGUGAUUGGCAGGGUAAUUGACUUUUUGGCUUUUCUCACCAUAUUCACUCUUCAUGAAAAAUUAUUUUUAUAUCGAGAAUUCAGUUUGACUAAAAUUGGAGUUUUAAUAUGGGUUAUUAUAACUGUAGGAUUUUACAUAUUUUGGGACUUAGAAAUAGAAGGCACAAUGAUUGAUGUGGAAAUAAUGUACAUCGUUUUAAUACUCAACUAUGCAAGCGGCUGCAGUUUAGGCUCUGUCAUAUGAAUUUCCUUGCUUUUCUUUAUUGUUUGCAUCCUUAUGACUCUAUAUGCUUCAGAUAAAAAAUCAGGCAUCCAAAACAUAAUUUUUAUUAUAGGAUUUUCUUUAUUAAAUACAAUCACAAUUUUUAAAAGGGACCAAAAAGAAAGGAUAAAUCAUAACAUCCAGCUUUUAGCUUCCAAAGAAAUAGAAGAAAAUAACAAUUUGCUUGGGCAGAUGAUGCCUCCCGACGCUUUGAGUAAAAUGAAAGAAGACAGAAACAUUACUGAUAGGCUAUUUCAAGUGACACUUUUAUAUGCAGAUAUUGUUGGAUUCACAUCAUGGAGCUCUGACAAAACGCCUCAUGAUGUGGUUGAAAUGCUGUCAAAUUUAUUUACAAGAUUUGAUAGAAAAUGUGUAGAGCAUAAUGUUUAUAAAGUCCAUACAAUAGGAGAUUGCUAUGUAGUUAUGGGAUAUACAGGGACUGAGAGAAGAGAUCCUACCAAUGAGUGUAUGAAUGUCAUCAGCAUGGCCCAAGAUAUGAUCAGAAUUAUUCAUCAGAUAAAUGAAGAAUGCAGCUCUGAGUUAAAUAUGAGAAUAGGCAUUCAUACAGGAGAAGUUAUUGCAGGGGUGAUAGGGACAAAUAUUGUGAGAUAUGAUAUUUAUGGGCCUGAUGUGCUUUUAGCUAAUAAAAUGGAAAGCGGAGGGGAACCUGGAAAAAUCAAUAUAAGUGAAGCUACAAUGAGUAUCCUUGAAAGAGGCUGGGAAGGAGCAUUCACUUAUACUUUCAACAAAGAUAUAAUCGCCAAAGCUAUUGACAGGACUUUAAAAAGCUACUUUUUAACGUCCACUAAUUAA